CUGGUAGAAAAACAGUCAGGCAAACACAAGCACGCUCACACCACCGGGAGGUCAGAACUUCCAGCGGGCUGUCUGCUGCCACAGCUCCACCGCUGGGUGGGGGGAAGCAGAGGGAGCCUUGAGCCUUGAGCUUUGCCGGGGACUCACCCGGAGCUGGGAGCAGAGGCAGGUGUGUGCAGGUGCAUCACCCGGAUCAUGAGGUCAUCUCUCUCCUUGCUCCUCCCACUUCUCCUCAUCUUGGCCUCAGUGACCAAAGGUCAGCCAACAAGACGACCAAAACCCGGGGGCAGGCCCAGGCCCAGGCCGAGGCCCAGGCCCACACCAUCGAAGCCUACCGACCUGCCUCCUCCCCUCCCGCCAGGCCCUCCGUCUCUCUUUCCUGACUGUCCCCGGGAAUGCUACUGCCCCCAUGACUUCCCAUCUGCCCUCUACUGCGACAGCCGCAACCUCAAGAAGGUGCCUGUCAUCCCGCCCCGCAUCCAUUACCUCUAUCUCCAGAACAACUUCAUAACCGAGCUCCCAGUGGAGUCCUUCAAGAACGCCUCGGACCUGCGGUGGGUCAACCUGGACAACAACAAGAUCAGCAAGGUGGACCAGAAGGUGCUGGAGAAGCUACCCAGCCUGGCGUUCCUCUACAUGGAGAAGAACCAGCUGAAGGAGGUGCCCUCCGCCCUGCCCCGGAACCUGGAGCAGCUGAGGCUGAGCCAGAACCAGAUCUCCAAGAUCCCCCCGGGGGUCUUCAGCAAGCUGGAGAACCUGUUGCUCCUGGAUCUCCAGCACAACCAGCUGAACGACAACGUCCUCAAGCCUGACACCUUCCAGGGCCUCAAGAAACUCAUGCAGCUCAACCUGGCCCACAACGAACUGAAGAAGAUGCCCCCCAAGGUCCCCAAAGCCCUUCACCAGCUCUACCUGGACAGCAACCAGAUCGCGACCAUCCCUAACGGAUACUUCAAGGCCUUCCCCAACCUCGCCUUCAUUCGCCUCAACUACAACAAGCUGUCCGACAGGGGGCUCCCCAAGAACUCCUUUAACCUCUCCAACCUGCUGGUGCUCCACCUGUCCCACAACAAGAUCAGCAGCGUGCCUGCCAUUAACAACAAGCUGGAGCACCUGUACCUCAACAACAACCACAUCGAGAAGAUCAACGGGACCCAGAUUUGCCCUUACAACCUGUUCACCUUCCGGGACUUCUCAGAUCUGGAGAACGUGCCACACCUGCGCUACCUGAGGCUGGACGGGAACUACCUGAAGCCGCCCAUCCCGCUGGACCUCAUGAUGUGCUUCCGCCUGCUGCAGUCCGUGGUCAUCUAGGCCUCGCUCUGCCCUGCGUCCUCUCCGAUCGCCCUUGAAGGCUGGUGGCCCAGGCGCCGGGCCCACCACUCAUCUCCUCUGUCUCCCUGUCUUUCUCCCCGCUUUGCCUUUCUCAGCCCACCUUCCUGAGGCGGGACGAGCCACAGCCUCAGGACCGAGACCUCCCAGGCCUUGGGGGGUCCACCCAGCCCAGAGACACCCACUGCAUGCUGACCCUCUGGCCCAGAGCACGGGUGUCUGUUUAAAAAUUUCAUAGUCCCUGCUCGCCCUGCCUCCCCGUCACUCCUGGGUAAGUCUGGGCCUGGACUGACAUCUGGAUCUCGGCCCUGGUGAAGCAAGAAAACGGUCCGGAGUGGCCCAGAGGUGAGGCUCAGGAAGCCCUGCAGGGACUCCUCCUGCGCGGGCAGCUCUGGCCCCAAAGGACCACAGCACCCGGGUCCCAUUGGCCAAGGAUCUGCCUUGCAAAGUGCUGCUCCGCCACCUGUCCGCUGGCAUCAGACAUCGCCACCGGCCCGUGUUCUCCAGAAAGGAAGUGCAGGGCAUGGCCAGGGGAGGGCAGGGGGGGGCAGGUUUCCCGCAAGGGCCUGCACCUGGCCUACUCUUCACCGGGAGGAGCUGGGCCCUCUCUCUCCAGGGUGAACGCAGCUCACACCCUCCUAACGGGGCCUCCUUGUUCCAAGAGGAAGAGCGGGGAGGACCAGUCCAGGAGAAGACUGGCUGGGGAACCAGGAAUCAGCCAGGGGGAGUGGAGUGGGAGUCAGAGCCCUGGGACGUGCCCGUGGGGUGCAAAGGGGUCCUGCAGCCCCCGUGGCCACUCUGAACAAGAGGCCUAAUGCCUGGGGAUCACCGUGUCCCAGUGGAGGGAGCAGAGCCACCACCCCCCUGCCAUCUGUUCUCUAUCAGUGGGGACGACCCAGUCCUUUCCACCCCAGAGAGGUUCCUGAGAAACCCGAGAGAAGGGGCGGGCACCGGAGAUCUUCCAGAAGCUUCUUCCACGUGUGCACAUUGGCCUCCCCCUAAGACAGACACAUCAGUGACACCUGGUGGCUGAUGCGGGACACAGAUGGCCCCUCCUCUUCACCACCCUGGGGGUGAUUUUCCAAGGUCAAGGACUCCCAACUUGAAGAGCCAGGGGCCCUGUGCAUGGUCUCUCUCUCCUCUGGGUCUAAAGGGCACAGAGCUACAGUGGCCCUGAGUUGGGAAUGCGGUGGGGGAGGGGGAGCUCGUUCCAUGAUGGGGGAGCAAUGGUGGGAACCUUGGCGGCCCAGGUGAGGAUGCAGUCUGCUUCCGGUUGCUGUCUGACCUUGCCACGCCUUCCGCUCUCGGCUCCCACAGGCUGUACACCCCGCCAAGGCCCCUCUAGCGCUCACGUUCCAUUCUGCGGCUCCACUUUGGCCCUUGCUCAAUGCAAGGCAAGUCCUCAGCAUUCUCUCCCUCCCUUGCAGUUAUUUAUUCCCUGGACGGACUGUCCCUCCCCCAAAGUUCCCAACCUCCCUGCCUGGCCCAGGUGCAGCUUGGCCGACCUCAAGGGGGCCUGGGCCCCAGGGCUGACUCACCUAGGCCUUCCUCUGACCUGCCUCUAGGGGGUGCUGCCCCUCCACAGUCCCCGAGGGUGUGUGCGGGUGGCUGGCGUGGAUGUUCUAGAAAUGAGUGGUACUCAGUGCCUCCCCUCAAGACAGGUUUAGAAAAGGUCCAGAGAUUUUAAAGAAAUUGUAUUAAGCUAGACCCCUAACUUCAAGAAGUUCCCAUUAGACUCUU